CGUCACCUCCCGUGACUUCGCGUUAGCGCGAUGCGGAACCGCGUAACGUCACGACUCUGUUCGGACAGCGACCGACCAGCUUUUCUCCAGUGAGAGACACGUCUUGCCUGCACCGCUUCACCAUUCGCGUGUGCCAAAACGUGCUGACACGCUUAAGAAAACCCUGGCGGCGAUUUGGGCCCGUUGCACAGGAGAGACGGGUGCGGCAAUUGCACGACAUCGGUGCCGACAGUCAUCCAUUUUUCACGCGUCCUGCAUUCCAACUCAGCUCUGGGUAGAUCCAUCGACUAGCCAUGCCGGCAUCUUCUUCUUGCAGCAUGAGUGCCGGUAGAUCCCCUCGCAGCACGCCGGCUUCGUCACCUCCUCCCGACAUGAACAACUCAGAAGACCGCGCUCAGUCCGACGAAAUGCGCCACGAGAUCGAAGAGAUGGCAAGGAGGCGGCGAGAGGAACAAGCGGCACGCGACGCCGAGAUGGAGAAAAAGCGAAACGAGGAUCUCAAAGGAGGCCAGAAGCAUAUGGACGACAAGUUCAAGGCGCUGAAUUACUUGCUCAAUCAGAGUAAAUUGUGGUCGGCCGUGAUGCUGUCGCAGAUGCAGCAAGAAGAUGAGGGCCAGGAGGAGAAUGACGUCGUCGCUCGGGAUCGGGCAGCAGAACGCGAAGAGAAGGCAGAGCAAAUUGCGGAAGAGUCGCAGAGGCGAGCAACGCGGGCCGCAACGAGCGGCGGCUCUGGCGAAUCUCCUCGCAAGCGAGGACGGCCGCCCAAGAAGGCAAAGAAAGACGGCAAAAUCUCCAGUUACUUUAAAAAAGAUGACCUCGAAGCGAAGUCAAACAAGCUCACCGUCGCCGAGGCUGCCCGAGAAGAUGCUGAUAAUGAGGUGAAGUCCAGCGAUGUGGGGAUUCAAAACCUCAAGUCUGCAAAGCAACCUAAGCUUGUGACUGGAGGUACCAUGCGCAAGUACCAACUCGAAGGCCUUGAGUGGCUGACUUCGAUCCAUCGAAACGGCCUCAAUGGCAUUCUUGCCGACGAAAUGGGCUUGGGCAAGACCAUUCAGACCAUCGCCUUUCUCGCCUAUCUCCGCGAGGUUCAGAGCUACGGCCCAUUUCUGAUUGCUGCGCCUCUCAGCACGACGAGCAACUGGCUGGAGGAGUUCAAGAAGUGGACUCCUUCCGUGCCCGUCGUCCUCUACCACGGAACGAAACAAGAACGUGCCGUCAUUAGGAAAAAGCACUUUAGGAAUCCGGGCACGGCCGACUUUCCAGUCGUCAUCACCAGCUACGAGAUGUGCAUGAACGACCGCAACUUUCUUAACAAGUACCAGUGGGGCUUUUUGGUCAUUGACGAAGGUCAUCGGUUGAAAAACCUGGACUGUCGCCUCAUCCGCGAGUUGCAAACCUAUCCUUCUGCCAAUCGCCUUCUCAUCACAGGCACACCACUUCAGAACAACCUGUCUGAGCUUUGGUCGCUGCUCCAUUUUCUCAUGCCUCAAAUCUUUGCCAACUUUGACCAGUUCGAGUCAUGGUUCGAUUUCUCCGAGCUCAAGCAGAAGCAAGGGUACGAGACAAUUCUGUCUGAGGACCGUCAAAAACAGCUCGUCACAAGUCUUCACGCCAUUCUCAAGCCAUUCUUGCUUCGACGCGUCAAGGCCGACGUGGAGAAGUUGUUGCCAAAGAAGCGAGAAUACAUAUUGUAUGCGCCACUGACGACCAUGCAGCGAGAGCUCUACCAGGCAAUCCUUGAAGGAUCCAGCAGAAAGUAUCUCGAAUCCAAAGCUGCCGAGCGCUUGAGCAUGAGCCGCUCAGUCACGCCGAUGAGCGUCAGCGGCCGAAGCAGUCUCGGCAAACGCAAGGCCAGCGGCCAUGACAGUGAUUGUAGCACCCCAGCUAAGAGCACAAAGACAAGUCGAGAGUCAACACCUAGUAGGAGCGUACGGAUUCGAAAAAGCAAGGUGCAGAGUUACGAGGAGCUCAGCGAUCGCAAGUAUUUUGCCCAGCUUGAGGCUGAACAGUCACACCACGAGCCGGAGGAGCUCUCGUCAGGCGCAGAGGAAGAGCACAUCUUCGCAGAAACGCUUGCACUUGCUAAGAAGCAGAUUGGUCAGAAGAAGCUUCAAAAUCCAAUUAUGCAGCUGCGUUUGUGCUGCGAUUCGCCGUACAACUUCUUCAAUCCCUUCCUUCUUGAAGGUCAGAAUGGCGAAGCCGGUGAACCGGACGAGACACUGAUCACAACGUCCGGGAAGAUGAUGUUGCUCGACUCCCUGCUGCCCGCUCUGUUUAAAGAUGGACACAAAGUGCUCAUAUUUUCUCAAUUCAAAACACAACUCGAUCUCCUCGAACAGUAUGCAUGGUUCCGAGGCUGGAAAGUUUGCAGAAUUGACGGCUCAAUCCCGCAAGCCGAGCGUCAGGCACAGAUCACAGCCUUCAAUGCGCCUGCCACAGGCAAGAACAAGAAAGAUGCUGUCAAUCUCUUCCUGCUCAGCACCCGCGCCGGUGGCCAGGGCAUCAACCUAGCUGCGGCGGAUACUGUGAUUCUAUACGACUCGGAUUGGAAUCCCCAGCAAGACCUGCAAGCCCAAGACCGCGCACAUCGCAUCGGACAAGUCAACAACGUCAUUGUAUAUCGUCUUGCCACCCGCGGCACCGUCGAACAGUCUCUUCUCGAGACCGCAGAGGGCAAACGACGCCUAGAAAAACUUGUCAUCCGCAAGCAACGCUUCAGGGAAGAUAACAGCAAGUCGAGACAGGAGAAGGACGAGCUAGAAGAGUUGCAGAGACUUCUGCGGCAGAGCGAUGGAGAGAGGAUCGAUCUAGACGCUGAGAGAGCGGGCGCGUUGCUCACCGAAGAUGAGUUGAAAGUCUUGACAGACAGGAGUGAUGAGGCCUAUGCGAAGGCUGAGGAGGGCAUCGCGUUACAAAGUAAAAUGUUCAAGUCGGUGGAGAGAGUGGCAGAAAACAGCCUGCUAGAUGGUUUUAAGGCAUGAUAUUUCUGGGUCGUCAUGUUGAAGCUUUAAGAGGUUCUGCAGCCAUAUUUUCAGCGCUGGAGUAACGUGGCAUGCCAUCAACGUUAAAUCAUAUCGAUAGACGCGCUCCUCUUGGUUUUUGGUGAAAGCUCACACUUCACAAGUCCUGAAAAGUUGAAAGCAUGCGUGUAUCACUAGUAGCACCAAACGAAGUCUCGUGGUGCUGGUAUCUAUUCUCAAUCUGACAAAACAGCAGGGCUUAAAAAUGCCUUUAACGACGAUGUUACAUG